AAUCACAGGAGAGGUGACAGGUGUUGAAGAAUGGCAGAUGAUCGGAAAGAUGACGCAAAGGCACCUCACUGGACCUCAGCUCAGCUAACGGAGGCUUCUGCACACCCACAUUCACCUGAGAUUAAGGAUCAAGGUGGGGCAGGGGAAGGAUUUGUCAGAAGUGCCAAUGGAUUCCCAUUCAGGGAGGACGAAGAGGGCACCUUUGGAGAACAUGGGUCACAGAGCACUUACUCAAAUACCAAAGAGAAUGGGAUCAACGGAGAGCUGACCUCAGCAGACAGAGAAACAGCAGAGGAGGUGUCUGCAAGGAUAGUUCAAGUAGUCACGGCGGAGGCUGUAGCAGUUCUGAAAGGCGAACAAGAGAAGGACGCUCAGCAUAAAGAUCACCCUGCAGCCCUGCCUUUAGCAGCUGAAGAGACAGCUAAUCUGCCUCCUUCUCCACCUCCAUCACCAGCCUCAGAAAGGACUGUCGCCGUGGAGGCAGAAGAAGAAACGCUCGCCACUCUUCCUGGGAAAGAGGGUGGGGCUGCCAAGGUCUCAGACCAACCCAAGGGCCUCAGUGAGGGCCAAGUGGACUCUAGUCUGGAGACCCAUGUAGUUCCGGAAGAGAGUGCCCCAGCAGGGGCCCCGCAGGAGAAAAGUAUAAAAGAGGUCACGGAGGUGUCUCCAGAAGUAAAAACCCCUUCCUCUGCCAGGGAAGGUUUACUUACAGCCUCGAAGAUGGAGUUCCAUGAUCAACAGGAAUUGACUGCCUCUUUACCUGAGCCAUUAGACAAGAAAGAAAAGGAGUUAGAGAAUCAAAGUAAGCCUGGUGAAGAUCUUAAACAUGCUGCCUUAGUUUCUCAGCCCGAGACAACUGAAAUGUCCUCAGAUAAAAAGGACAGACAAGGCCCAGAAGAAGGAAGAGUGCCUCUCACUCUGUUUGGGCACACUCUUGGUGCCGGCCUAGAAGACUCAAAACAGAAGGCAGAACCAAGCCUAGUGGUACCUGGUAUUGACCUCCCUCCAGAAACCCCAGUUCCAAAAGAACAAAAGGACUGGUUCAUCGAAUUGCCAAUGGAAACAAAAAAGGAUGAGUGGGGUUUAGUUGCUCCGAUAUCUCCUGGCCCUCUCACACCCAUGAGGAAAAGUGAUGUAUUUGAGGAUAUCCCAAAAUGGGAAGGGAAACAAUUUGAUUCUCCCAUGCCGAGUCCUUUUCACAGUGGAAGUUUCACUCUCCCUUCAGAUGUUAUGAAGAAUGAAAUCGUUGAAGAAGCAUCAUCUUUUGCUCCUGCCCUAUUACAGUCAGAUGGCAAAAAAUCUCUGGAAGAAACCAGUGGCCAAGUAACUGCCAAAGACACUUCUAAAGGUGAAGAGCCCCAUAAGGAUAAACCUUACAAAAUGGCAGAAGUACCAGCCUCAGAGGCAAUUCCCUCACCCAAAGAUGCCCACAUUCUGGACGUAGAAGAAUGUGUCCCAGAGAAAGUUUUGGAAGAAGAAAAAGGAGCAAUAAAGCAAGAAAGUGUGCAGAAAAAAGAGACGCCCACCCUUAGUGGCCAGGAAUCUUCACUUACUGAAAAGGAAUCUCAGCUGAAGUUUGAGGAAAAGACAACCAUUCCUGACAAAGAAACCAUGCUGAAAGAGAGUGAACCCCCCAAACCGACAGACAAAGAAACAGGUGUAAUUCAGCCCUCCGCAGAGCAUACUUUCUCCAAAGAAGAACAGAAAAGCCAACAGCCGACCACAAAUACAUUAAAACAGGAGUCUUUCCCUGUGAGUUUGGAGCAAGCAGUUACAAGUUCAGCCAUGGCCUCUAAAGCACUGGAGAAGGAACCAGCUGUACUAAGUGAGAAGAAUGCUAUCGAGGAUCUGUUUGAAGAAAAGGUUGCUGACAAAGGUAAUAGAGUUGAAGGAGUUGGGGCUGCAACAUUAGCUGAGCUUGACAUGCCAUUUUAUGAAGAUAAGUCGGGAAUGUCCAAGUACUUUGAAACAUCUGCCUUGAAAGAAGAAGUGACCAAAAGCUUCCAGCCAGGAAGUGAUUACUAUGAACUGAGUGACACAAGAGAAAGUGCCCAAGAGCCUUUUGAUACCGUAUCUCCCAUGCAUCAACAUGGUGACAAGGGACUUCAGGCAGGUAAAGAGUCCCAGCCCGGUGCUCCAGCACAAGAAGCAGGGUAUAGCACUCUUGCAAAGAGUUAUCCACCUGAUUUACCUGAAGAGCCCAGUUCUCCUCAAGAAAGAAUGUUUACUAUUGAUCCAAAAGUAUAUGGGGAGAAAAGGGAUCUCCAUAGUAAGAAUAAGGAUGAUUUGACACUAAGCAGGAGUUUAGGACUCGGUGGUAGGUCUGCAAUAGAACAAAGAAGCAUGUCAAUCAAUUUGCCCAUGUCUUGCCUGGAUUCCAUAGCCCUUGGGUUUAACUUUAGUCGGGGGCACGAUCUUUCUCCUCUGGCUUCUGAUAUUCUAACCAACACCAGUGGAAGUAUGGACGAAGGGGAUGAUUACCUUCCAGCCACUACCCCAGCAGUGGAGAAGGCCCCUUGCUUCCCCAUAGAAAGCAAAGAGGAAGAAGAACAGAUGGAGGAAGAAAAAGCUGCCAGAGAGGGAAACACUCAAGUCGAGACAGUGUGUGAAUCGCCAUUCCUAGCCCAAGAUUAUUACAAAAAUGGUACUGUCAUGGCCCCUGACCUGCCUGAAAUGCUAGAUCUGGCAGGCACAAGAUCAAGACUAGCUUCUGUGAGUGCAGACACUGAGGUUGGCAGGAGGAAAUCAGUCCCAUCAGGGAAUGUCAUUGAGGAGAAUCGCACUGGCUUGCCCCCUGUCACCGAUGAAAAUCACGUCAUUGUUAAAACGGACAGUCAGCUUGAAGACAUGGGCUACUGUGUGUUCAAUAAAUACACGGUCCCACUCCCAUCACCUGUUCAAGACAGCGAGAAUUUAUCAGGAGAGAGUGGUUCCUUUUACGAAGGCACUGAUGAUAAAGUACGAAGAGAUUUGGCCACGGACCUUUCACUGGUUGAAGUAAAAUUGGCAGCUGCCGGCAGAGUCAGAGAUGAGUACAGUGCUGAGAAAGAAUCAUCCCCACUAUCAGGACUGAGUAGGGAGUUUGAUCAGGAGAGGAAAGCAAAUGAUAAGCUGGACACUGUACUAGAAAAGAGUGAAGAACAUACUGAUUCAAAAGAACAUGCCCGGGAAUCCGAAGAGGCUGGUGACAAAGUUGAAACAUUUGGAUUAGGAAUAACCUACGAGCAUGCUUUGGCCAAAGAACUGACAGUAUCAAAAGAUGCAUCCCCUGCCAUGGCCGAGAAAGGUCUCAGCUCCGUGCCAGAGGUAGCUGAAGCAGAACAAUCCAAAAAAGCUGCAUCAGAACUGGAUUUUGUUGCAAAGAAAGCUGAGCAGGGUCACUUAGAUGUUAAAAUCAGUGAGUUUGGACAGAUGGCCUCAGGGCUAAACAUAGAUGCUGCAAAGUCAACAGAGCCUAAAUUCGAGGCUACCCACGACCUCACUCUCUUAUCCGGAACGCCUCAGGAGGCAGGUAUGUUUAUGGGUGUUGAGUCAGGCCACAUGAGAGAAGGCUCCAAAGUCAGUGAGACAGAAGUCAAGGAGAAGGUGGCCAAGCCUGACUUGGUUCACCAGGAGGCUGUGGACAAAGAAGAGUCCUACGAGUCCAGUGGUGAACACGAAAGCCUGACCAUGGAGUCCUUGAAGCCCGAGGAGGGCAAGAAGGAAACCUCCCCGGAAUCUUCUCUAAUUCAAGACGAGAUUGCCAUCAAAUUGUCUGUGGACGUCCCUUGUGCACCUGCCGUUUCAGAGGCCGAGUUAGCCGAGGAUGAGAGAGCGGAUGUCCAGUUGGAAUCUAUUCAGCCACCCAGAGAAGAAAGCAAAGAGACCCCAGGCAUCUCCAUCACACCCUCUGAUGUUACAGAGCCGCUGCUUGAAGCUGUCGGGGCUGAACCAGCAGAAGCUCAAAAGGAGGAAGAAGAGAUAGAAGCGCGGGGAGAAUAUGAUAAACUGCUUUUUCGCUCAGACACCCUUCAGAUUACUGACCUGGGUGUCCCGAGUGUCAGGGAGGACUUGGUGGAGACCUGCCCAGGUGAACACAAAGGAGUGAUCGAGUCUGUUGUGACCAUUGAGGAUGACUUCAUCACUGUAGUGCAGACCACAACUGAUGAAGGCGAGUCCGGUUCCCACAGCGUGCGUUUUGCAGCCCUGGAGCAGCCAGAGGUGGAGAGGAGACCAUCCCCUCAUGCCGAGGAAGAGCUUGAAGUAGAAGAGGCAGCGGAAGCCCAGGCAGAACCCAAGGAUGGCGCCCCCAAGGCUCCGGCUUCCCCUGAGAAAGAAGUGGCUGGGCUUUCAGAAUACAAGACGGAAACCUAUGAUGAUUACAAAGACGAGACCACCAUUGAUGACUCCAUCAUGGAUGCUGACAGCCUCUGGGUGGACACUCAAGAUGAUGAUAGGAGCAUCAUGACAGAACAGUUAGAAACUAUUCCUAAAGAGGAGAAAGCUGAAAAGGAAGCUCGGAGACCAUCUCUCGAGAAACAUAGAAAAGAAAAGCCUUUUAAAACCGGGAGAGGCAGAAUUUCCACUCCUGAAAGAAAAGUAGCUAAAAAGGAACCUAGCACAGUCUCCAGAGAUGAAGUGAGAAGGAAAAAAGCAGUGUAUAAGAAGGCUGAACUUGCUAAAAAAACAGAAGUUCAGGCCCACUCUCCCUCCAGGAAAUUCAUUUUAAAACCUGCUAUCAAAUAUACUAGACCAACUCAUCUCUCCUGUGUUAAGCGGAAAACGACAGCAGCCGGUGGUGAAUCCUAUCAGGUUCCCAGUGUGUUUAAACACGCAAAGGACAAAGUCUCUAAUUCCACCUUGUCAAAGAUUCCUGCCUUACAGGGUAACACAAAGUCCCCAAGAUGCAGCUCAGCCUGCCCUAGUCCAACUAAAAGGACUACGUUUUCUGACGGUUUUGUAAUACAGCCCUCCCCAGCGGGCUCCACGGACCGUUUGCCAUGCUCAGAGUCAGGGAACAAGGAUGGAGUAACCAAGAGCCCAGAAAAGCGCUCAUCUCUGCCGAGACCCUCCUCCAUCCUCCCCCCUCGGAGAGCUGUGUCGGGAGACAGAGAGGAGAACUCCUUCUCUCUCAACAGUUCCUUCUCCUCUUCGGCGCGGCGGACCACUAGGUCAGAGCCGAUUCGCAGAGCAGGAAAAAGUGGCACUUCAACACCCACCACCCCUGGAUCAACCGCCAUCACACCUGGCACCCCACCAAGCUACUCUUCACGCACCCCAGGCACUCCUGGAACCCCUAGCUACCCCAGGACCCCUCACACACCAGGAACCCCCAAAUCUGCCAUCUUGGUUCCCAGUGAGAAGAAAGUUGCCAUCAUCCGUACUCCUCCGAAGUCUCCUGCUACUCCUAAGCAGCUUCGGCUUAUUAACCAACCACUGCCAGACCUGAAGAAUGUCAAGUCUAAAAUAGGAUCAACAGACAACAUCAAAUACCAGCCUAAAGGGGGGCAGGUUAGGAUUUUAAACAAGAAGAUCGAUUUUAGCAAGGUUCAGUCCAGAUGUGGUUCCAAGGAUAACAUCAAACAUUCUGCUGGGGGCGGAAAUGUACAGAUUGUUACUAAGAAGAUAGAUCUAAGCCAUGUGACAUCCAAAUGUGGCUCUCUGAAGAACAUCCGCCACAGGCCAGGUGGUGGACGUGUGAAAAUUGAGAGUGUAAAACUGGAUUUCAAAGAAAAGGCCCAAGCUAAAGUCGGUUCGCUUGACAAUGCUCACCAUGUACCCGGAGGUGGAAAUGUCAAGAUUGACAGCCAGAAGUUGAACUUCAGAGAGCAUGCUAAGGCCCGUGUGGACCACGGGGCUGAGAUCAUCACGCAAUCCCCAGGCAGAUCCAGCGUGGCGUCCCCGAGGCGACUCAGCAACGUCUCCUCCUCGGGAAGCAUCAACCUGCUCGAAUCCCCUCAGCUCGCCACCCUGGCCGAGGAUGUCACUGCUGCACUCGCUAAGCAGGGCUUGUGAAUAUUUCUCACUUAGCAUUGAAGUAAUACUAUUUAGGCAUGAGCUCUUGGCAGGAGUGGGCUCUGAGCAGGUGUUAUGUUUAUUCUUUACAAACCAUAAAAUAAAUAUAAUCUCAUUCCCAAACUCUAGUAAUUGUUACAAUUUUAUAUUUAAAAAACAGGAAUAGCAUAUGCAGAAAUUGACUUGAUUUCCAUUUGCAACAGGAAGACACUGGCUUUACCUAAGUACAAUUGGGCGAUUAUUUUUGCUCUGCUCUGUUUUGCAUGGAGUAUUAUUAUUUGAAAAAUUGCAUUUUCACCUUUCAUGUGCCUGAAGGCUAUCCACUACAUUCUGAAAGGCCUUGUUAACAUCCAAGCUGCUCAUCUCACUAUUAUUCUACUGCUGGGUGGGUGAAACGAUAAAAGCUUCACAUUGUAACUUAUUGCCGGUUCAAAAGAAAUCAAGGAGUCUGAUGGCAGGAAGGGAAGAGCAUGUAAGAAAUAAGGUUGUUUUUUUUUUUUUAAGUGUUAUUUUGUAUAAAUGGGAAGAAAGAUUCAAUUAAGUUAUUAACAUUUGGGACCUGGAUAAUUAUAUCAGAGUAUAAGUCAAUUCAAUAAAUUAUUUAACUAA